GCGGUUCGGUAUUCACAAACUUUUCUGUGGAAGUCGACUCCUAAUUGUUUAAAUCGUAUCUUCUUGCCAAUUUCUUGUAGAAAGCAUCUCUAAUACUGCAAAGAAAAUGCAGUGUUGACAGAUGAAAUACCUACUGCAGCGCUACAUGCUAACAGGAGCAGUGUUCAUUUUCCCUGGUUUUGAGUUGCUGCACCCCCCACGAUUGACAUGUAGCCUCUUCUUGCAGAAGUUUCCAUUGACUCUAAAAUAAGUUAAGCAGUGGUUCAUCAGAUCUGUCAUCCAAAAAUUGUAGAACAUCUCGCAGUGUGAGGGUCGUCACAAAUUGAAGGAAGAAGAUUUACUGUGAGGAUUUACUUUGAAAAGGAUUUUCACUCAACUAACAUUCAGAUGGAAUCAAGAGUCAGGAGCAUCUGGUGAACAUUCAGCGUGUAUGUGGACGCACGAUGCAUCUCGCGCCUCCAGCGCUGUGCGGUUGAAGCGUUCUGAGCUUCCGACGUGUAUCCAGCAUGUCGAAUGCAGCCCGUGCUGGAGUUGGAAGAUCUGGACUUGUGCCGCUGAACGCAGAGCAUCGACCAGAAAGACUCGGCUGUGUGCGUCGCUCUCAGUUCCAUCCGCCAUUAUGCAGAAAACAAAGGCUCGUUCCAACGUGUCUGGAGUGAUUUUGACGCAAGUCUAGAGCAAAAUGUCAAGCGUCUGACUUCAAAGCGCACCAAGCACAAAGUGCACAUGUGCAUCAGAGUGAAUGCACAUGUGUAGGCGAGGCAGACCAGCGUUUGUAGGCCAACGCUGGUCCGCUCGUAAUCUUUCACCAAAGAUGCACCGCCACAUGCGAAGAGGGAAACGGGCUUUGACAGUGUAGUGAGGAAAACCACAGCUGAAAAUGGAACAAAUGCUGCAACACCAGACCAUCAGGCGUGAAAACACCUUAAGGUGUUUGUUGCUGAUUAUACGACCGAACCACGUUACGAUGCAGAAAGCAGCGGAUUCCUCUGACUGCAGAUACCAACACACGCACAGAUCCGAGGAAUCAAAGAAAGCCGUGGCCGCCGUCUCCUUGGGAGGCGGGUGUUGGCUGCGUGUCUGGACCUGGCAGCGCUCUGGCCAAAAAAGCCUGAGAGGAAAAUCAACAGCUGCUUGUCUGUUUGUUCUGCAACACCUGCAAACCCCCUCCUGCCAGCUGCCUCGAUUACACCGCGUAUUAUUGUGUGUCUGAUUCGCCACGAAAAUUGCAUCCAACAGCGAGAAAGCGAGCGCUAAGAAUGCAGAGUCGGUGUUUGGUCUCUUUCCCUGGAUGUUUGCCUCUCUUUGAUUACUCGAGCUGAAACCAUAUUGGCCAUUUCUCUGUUCUAUAGUUUGGAAUAAUGAAAUCCAUUCUGCGGAUUCAAGUGCAUGCGAGUACAAACACCCGGCUGUCCCCGAGUCAUGACGCACGGGGAUCUACAGUGGUUUGUGAAAGUAUUCACAUCCCAGGAACUUGACUUGCAUCUUCUUUGUCUCAUCACAGCCACCGUCUGGCUGCAUUUUUGCAGGAUAAGAACAAAAAUUGUGACAGCACGAUGCUAUGUUCCGGCUGCAGUUAAAAUUGCACCAAAAACUCUUCAACACCAGUAAACGAAGAGCAUAAACCCACAAAAUGAAAUUGGUGAUGCCACCUCUAAUCACAGAUAAGUCGUCUGAAUUGCUUGAAAAAGUUAAUAUUAUAAGUAGAUUAUCAAAAGUGCCUUUAUAUUAAAAACGAAUACAGGUUUAAGAUGAUUAGAUACCAUCUUCUGCUAGCAUUUGUGGAUAAAAGCCGCUGGUUCUCUGUCAUUCAUGGGUUCCAGUGCUGGAAUGUCUUUCGAAUUGAUUCAGUUUUUUCAUAGAUUUGAACUCAGGACGACUGACGAUAUGUUUUUGUCCAUGAUUUCUUUUUUGCUUUAUAGAAGCCAUAGCACCUUCCAAAUGCUGUAGGUUUUCAGAGGAAGCGAGGUCAUCCCAUAGCAUCACUGAGCCAGGACCAUGCUUCCUUGUAGUUACGUUUGUUGUCUUCUUCACCUGCUGAGCUACAGGACACAAUAGCUUCAGUUGUGAUUAAUAAUUUCACUGACAGCUGUAUUCUGGGAUUAAAUCGCAUUCAGGUGAACUCUGUUACAAAUUAUGUGGCUUUCAAAUGCAGCUGUUUGCUGUUGAUUUUAUUUAGCAGUGUCAAAGUAAAGUAAAGACACACCAUUCUCUCCAGAUUUGUAUUUUUAAAAGAUAAAGGAAAACCACAGAUCCUCGUUUUUCUUCAACUUCAUAUGCAGGCAGGAUUUUGUGCAGGUUUGCUGCAUAAAAUUUCAGUAAAAUACAUUGUUUCAGUGUAUCCCUUCAAGACGCUGCAUGUAACUUUCUGUUUGUCCUGCAUUUCAGUGACAUUCCCUUUGUCAUGUGUUAAACUGGGCAGAGUUGAAAGGCACAAGCCAGCCGGCAUCUUCCACCUCCUCUCAACACCAGUGCUUCCUUUGUUCGGUUUUUCCCCUUCAUGAAAUUGGAUACAGUUUCCUUCUCGUUUGUCCUGCGUCUGUUUUUUGUGUGUGUGUGUGUGUGUGUGUGUGUGCCAAAGAUCUCUGAAACGGAGUGGAGAGAGUCCCACGGGGGCUGAGCCAAGCCACAAGCAGCUGUGCUCUGCCCACUGCGCCGUUGGGGACGGUUCUGAAAUGAUAAUGAGCACUUUGUGUUCUGCAUUUACAGGACGGACAUUGAAGACGUGCCAUUCAGACACGGGCAGGAACUCUAGUGCGCCACCUAAACGGAACUCGACUCCCGCUUGCUUGUGGUAAUUGUAGUCCAGUUUACAUCGAAUCGCCCUCAUUGUGCCCAAUAAAGAACUACAAGUCCCAGAUCCGACAAUGCGGAAACGCCACAACAAAGUAGCAGCAACACACGACGGGAGAAGCAGGAUGUCUUAUGCUGGAAAGAAGAGAAAACUGGACAAAACCCGACAGGACAGGCUUUAUUUCGACAGCUAUUCUGAUGUGACGAUACAUGAAGAGAUGAUAGCGGACCACGUCCGGACCAACGCCUACCGGACGGCUAUUUUAAAGAACAGCGAGUCGAUUCGAGGUAAAGUGGUGCUGGAUGUCGGGGCAGGAACCGGCGUCUUAAGCAUCUUCUGCGCUCAAGCCGGCGCCAAGAAGGUGUACGCCGUGGAGGCCUGCUCCAUAGCCGAGCAGGCGGCGGAGAUAGUGAAGCAGAACAACGUGGAGGACGUGGUGGAAGUCAUAAGAGGCACCGUGGAGACGGUGGAGCUGCCGGAGAAGGUGGCGGUGAUAGUGAGCGAGUGGAUGGGCUACGCUCUGCUGCACGAGUCCAUGCUCAACUCGGUGCUCUGCGCUCGCGACAGGUGGCUGGAGGCCGGCGGACUCAUCCUGCCGAGCCGAGCCGAGCUCUACAUCACCCCCAUCAGCGACCCGGUGGUGGAGGACCGCCUGUACUUCUGGUACACCGUCAAGGAGCAGUACGGCGUCGACAUGUCCUGCAUGUCCCACUUCGCUCGGAGGUGCAUCAGGAAUUCGGACAUAACCGUGAGCGCCGUGGCCGUGGAGGACGUGCUCUCCCACCCCGCGCGCUUCGCCGAGCUCGACCUGCACGCGGUGACGGCAGAGGAGCUGCGGACGGUGAAGGGCCGCUUCGCGUGCGCGUCGUUCGGCUCGGCCGCGGUGAACGCCUUCUGCGUCUACUUCGCGGUGACCUUUCCCUGCCCGGAAAAGCCGCUCUCGCUCGUUCUGUCCACGUCCCCGUUCAAGCCGGAGACCCACUGGAAGCAGGCGGUGCUGUACCUGGACUCCCCCGUGGAGGUGGUGCAGGACACGCCGGUUCGCGGAGAGGUCAGCAUGUUUCCCUCCGAGGACAGCUCCAGGCACAUAUGCAUCCACGUGGACUACACUAUAGGCGAGCAAAAAAGACAGUCCAAGACUUUUUCCAUACCUGACUGGACCGCCGAACCUCAGCAAUAGUGGGAUUUUAGCUCCCAACUCCGAACAGUUUCGUCCAUCUUUACAUUUCCUUGCCCAAACUACCUUUGGUUUGUCACAUGCACAGAAAAAAUUACUGCAAUAAACCUGAAACAAACCAUUAACAUGCAAUGUCACAUAAGCUAAAAAUCUAUUUACUCAUUUCUUAUGCCUAAAGUACCAAAAUAUAUAUGCAUAAAAUUUGA